UGGUACCUGUGCUACUUCAUGCACCGGCACUUGGACUUCCGCCGCGCGGAGUUCCAAGCCCUCGCGGACUUGAACGGGUUCGGAGACGCCGUCGAGUGGCGCGCGCCGUUCGGCGGCGUGGAGCACUCGCCCUUCCAUUACGUGCGUCUCCCCUCCGACGACGCCGCGCGCGCGAUCAUGAAGCGCAGCAUCCUCACCAAGGGCAUCGUCGAGCUGUGGGGCGAGGGGAACGACCAGGACGAGCUCAACGCGGCGAUCGCGGCGUUCGACGCGGAGACGAAGGCGCGAUACACCGCGGAGGGCAGCACGUUCAAGGUGGAGCUCGAGGACUUUGGCAAAACCUUACACGGCACCCGCGACGACAACUGGGGCCCCGCCGUGCGACGCAUCGACGCGCUGAAACCCGCGGUGGAGUUCAACGGCCGCGCGCGCAUGAAAGGCGCGGAGCAUCUCUUCUGGAGCAUCGAGUCCGCGGAAGGGAACGACCUCCGCGGCAUUCCGUCUGACAUUCCGUCGCGGCAUUAUUUCGGCCGCGUCGUCGCCGCGUCCGCCGCGCGCGCCGCCAUCAACACGUACGACCUCAAGAAGCGCCGCUACCUCGGCCCGACGUCGAUGGACGUGGAGAUGUCGCUCAUCAUGGCGAAUAUGGUGCACGCGGGACCCGGGAGGGUGGUGUGGGACCCGUUCUGCGGCACCGGCAGCGUCCUCAUCGCGGCGGCGCACUUCGGCGCGAUGACCAUGGGAAGCGACAUCGACGUGAGGCGCGUUAAGGACAAGCGGACGGGCGAACACGUCGACGUGUGGACGAACUUUAAAGAUUACGCCCUGCCCCCGCCGAUCGCGCUUCUCCGCGCGGACCUCCACAAGCCGCCGUUCCGAGGCGCGGCGGCGUCGGGCGCGGCGUCGGAGCGCGGCGCGUGCGAAGGGCACCUCCAGGGCGUCGUCGGCGACCCCCCCUACGGCGUUCGCGCGGGCGGCCGAAAGAGCGGAGGACGCAAGCGCUUACCGGACGGCACCGCGCGCGCCGUCCCGGAGCAGCACAGGGAAAACCACAUCCCGAGCACGGUGCCGUACCCGUUCCACGAGUGCAUGGACGACCUGAUGGAGCAAGCCGCGCGGCUGCUGAGCGUCGGCGGUCGUCUCUCUUUUUUCGUCCCCGGUGAGACUGGUCCCAAUACGACCCCCGUGCCGUCGCACCCGAUGCUGACGCUGCGCGCGAGCUCGAUGCAGCUGCUGAGCACGCGGUGGGGGCGGCGGCUCGUGACGUUCGAGAAGACGAAGAAGUACGAUCACGAGGCGGCGGAGGAGGCGAAGGCGGCGUUGACGGAGGCGAGGAAA